CGGCGCGGAAGGGGGCGGGGCCAGCGCAUAUCCCGGCGCGCCCCGCGCGUCUCUCCCUCUUCCGGCGCCAAGAUGUCGAAGCGAGGACGCGGCGGUUCCUCCGGCGCCAAGUUCCGCAUCUCGCUGGGUCUCCCGGUGGGCGCCGUGAUCAACUGCGCGGACAACACGGGAGCCAAGAACCUCUACAUCAUCUCCGUGAAGGGCAUCAAGGGGCGGCUGAACCGGCUGCCGGCGGCUGGGGUGGGGGACAUGGUGAUGGCCACGGUCAAGAAGGGGAAACCGGAGCUGAGGAAAAAGGUGCACCCGGCCGUGGUGAUCCGGCAGCGCAAGUCCUACCGCCGCAAGGACGGGGUGUUCCUCUACUUCGAGGACAACGCGGGGGUGAUAGUGAAUAAUAAAGGGGAAAUGAAAGGCUCUGCCAUCACAGGCCCCGUGGCCAAGGAAUGUGCUGACCUGUGGCCCCGCAUCGCCUCCAACGCCGGGAGCAUCGCCUGAGCCCUGCCACCAAUAAAAACCCUUCUUCCAAA